CUGAAGACCUCAGUAGCAAAUCUCCCAGAAUCAAAAUGAACACAGAUAGUGGUGGGUGUGCUCGCAAACGUGCUGCCAUGUCUGUCAAACUAACAGCGGUGAAGAGAGUUCAAAGUUCUCCAAACCUUUUGACCGCAGGACUUGAUUCCCAUUCACCAGACUCAGCUUGGAGAUCAUUUAACAUUGGAAGUGGAGAGACACUGAAUGGAGACACUAGCAGCUCCUCUCUUGCAGCAAAAGGCUUUCGAAGUGUCCGGCCAAACCUACAAGAAAAGAAAUCACCAACUCAGGCACCCCCCCUGCCCCCUAGGAAAAAAAGUUUUGGUAGAUCUGGAAUAUCUAAUCUGAAGAAGAGUGGAAGUAACUCCUGUUCCGUAACAACCAAACAAAUUAAACCAUAUCCUGAUGGCAAAUACUCUACUAACAAGGAGUUUCUUCAGAGGACAGCUUAUUCUAAAAAGUCUAACACAAGAAUGUCUUUCACACAAAAAAGCACAAAACCACUGGCCUCGGUUUCUAGCACAAAAACAAUAGCUGGCAUUAGAACUAUUGUUCCUCAAGGCUACAAACAGCCUCAGAAACGUAGAGUUUCUACCCUGAAAUUGACUCAGGCACAGAAUGCAUCUAGCAGUGUUCCUUCUCAUACACAGCAAAUGCCUGAGCCUGGUGGUGCCUCAGCAGUUCCAUGGAGGUCUGCCUCACCUGUCUGUAACCCCGUGCCUGAGAUACACAAAGCAUCUCUCUCCAUUCAGAUAGCCCCCAUCCCUGAUUGUAAAGCAUCACCUGAAUGCCAACAUCAUCCAUCUAGAUUUUCUCCAGACCCUUCAAAGAUGCCACCAGAAAAUAUGCAACAAAUGUCUGAUGCUACAGCUGCGCAAUGCCAUGUGCUUGGAAACCAGAAAGUGACUGCCAAUGUGAUGGAGGUAAAUGCUUCCCAGACACACAGACAAACGUCAGCUGAAGCUGCACCGUUGCCUCCCUCAUCACCACCACCACCACCUCCUCCUCCUCUUCCCAUGGCUCCGGUUCACCAGCCCUCUCUCUCACCUGACAGUGGCACCCAUGCAACAUCAUUUCCUUUACCACCCUGUGAUGAUUUCUGGCCGUCACAUAUUUAUAGAACCCCAGCCCUUUCACCGUUCUCCUAUACAUACCCCUUCCUUGUACCUGACACUCUGCUCCACAAGACUGAAACUGACUCUAUUGUGUCAGCCAUGAGUGAGUUCUCCUCUCAGCCAGUGAGCGAGUCCUCCGCUGCCAUGCUAGAUGAGCUACAGAGCUGUAACUAUGAUACUACUGACUGUUCUGAAACACCUUCCCCAACCUUGAGCCAGACGUCUGCUGCGUCUGAUAGCACCACCUUAACCUCCACUGCUGCCAGCUCUCAUGCUCAGAUAACAGUGAAUGGGAAUUCUAGCUUGGCAACCAGCCCAAUGAGUUACUUUCAAAGGCCUUUCUCCCCUUCUCUGGCAUACUCUCCACCAGUCUCAUUCACUUCAAGCUCCUCUCUCCUGCAACAGAGCAGGACUAUGGAAUCCACAGAGAUGUACUCACAGCAUGCACACUCUGUUGGUGGCGGUGACAGCAGCAGCAGCACGACCACCACCACCAUACCGAUCUGUAGGACUUCAGAGGAAGAAAAGAAAGUCACAGUCAUUAAAGCACCACAUUAUGCAGGAAUUGGGCCAGUUGAUGAAUCAGGAAUUCCAACAGCAAUUAGAACGACUGUUGACAGGCCAAAGGAUUGGUAUAAGACAAUGUUUAAGCAAAUUCAUAUGGUUCAUAAGCCCGAUGAUGACACUGACAUGUAUAAUACUUCAUAUGCAUAUAAUACUGGUAACUUCAGUCCGUCAUUUUCUGCUCAAGCACAUCCUGUUGCAAAGACUCAGACAUACAGGCCACUGACAAAAAGUACUUCUGACAAUGGCACUGAAGCCUUUAAAGUCUCUUCACCUCCACCACCUCCAGUACCACCUGUUCGUCCUUGGCAAAGAUCUGCCCCAGAAAAAAAUGAGUGGGAGCCUCCUGAUAGAAAAGUAGAUACUCGCAAAUUCCGUUCAGAACCAAGAAGCAUUUUUGAAUAUGAACCAGGAAAGUCUUCAAUCCUUGAACAUGAAAGACCAGUGAGUAAAGUUGAUCCAUUUUUAUAUAUAAUAAAUAAUUCUGUAAAAUAUUUAUUCUUUAAUUCUAGCAUGCUUUUGUUAAGUACAUGUCUUUGCUACAUUACUAUUUUCUUCCCCAGUUCUGCAAGUACUUCAAGUGAUUACAGAAAACGAAGGAAGUCAGAGCCUACAGUAAUUCAGCCAAAAGUCCACACUGAUCAGAAUGUAAAUCGAUACACUCUUGGUCGUACAGAUACCCAGAGCUCCUAUUCAACCCUUAGGAAGCCCAUUACAACCUCUUCUCCAUCUUCUCCAUCAAGAGCAAAAGGUGGGGAUAUUAGCAAAAUAUAUUCAUCCCUUUCCAGUUAUUCAGUCCCCAACCAGAACACCUCAAAUGAUUUAGAUUAUGGUAAGAUUUAUGGGCAGCGAUUAGCUGUUCCAGGUGAUUCAAGAAGACCCCUCAGCUACAAGAAUGGCUGGCAAAUGGCCCGUCAGAAUGCAGAAGUCUGGAGCAGCACUGAAGAGACUUCCUCUCCCAAACGCAAAUCUCGCAGCUACGAUGACCUACUAGCUGAUGAUCAUUGUUGCUUCUCUGAUACACAGAAUAAAUCUGAAAGUAUGGUGUCUCUGUUGUGUGCAGACAAUUCCAAAGGUGAUUCUUCCCUUGCCUGGGCUUCCCCAUAUUCCUCUGAAGCUCACGGUUCCAGUCGGUCAAGGGCACAUCUUAGGUCUGCCCAUGAUGCUCCAGGAUUCCUAAAACUGUACAAAAGAAUGCACCGCAUUAACCGCAAAGACUUGCUUAACUCCGAGGUGAUUUGUUCUGUAAAAUCCAGAGUACUGCAGUAUGAAAAGGAACAGCAUAAGAGCUUGCUACAUGGUUGGAAAGAAUCCUCCACAGAGGAAGUACCAAGAGACAUGGUGCCCAAUAGAAUAUCUGAAUUUGAAAAACUAAUUCAGAAAUCUAAAUCAAUGCCUAAUUUAGGGGAAGAAGCAUUAUCAACUGUAAGCUUCCUGGAACCCCCUAAAAAUGGCUUUUGUACAAUGAGACGGUUUUCUAUUGAAUCCUUGCUGGAUGAAGAAAAUCAGAAUAGGCACACUACUCAGGGGCAAAAGAAUUACAAGUCCAACACUCUGGUGCCAAUUCACAUUGAAGUAACUAGUGAGGAACCACAAAGAUCACAGAUGGACUAUUCAGACAGCGACCAAGAUGGAGUGGUCUCUGACAUGAGUGACUUCAUACAGAUAGAAGGCUCAUCUUUUUGUAGUGAAAGUGAUUUCGAUCACUUCUCCUUCACAUCCUCAGAAAGCUUUUACGGAUCAGGACAUCACCAUCAUCACAAGCAUCUUGUCAGCUCCUGCAAAGGAAGAUGUCCAGCCUCAUACACCCGCUUCACCACCAUGCUGAAGCAUGCAAGGGCUAAACAGGAAACUACCCCAGAAGAUCCUAAGCGACAAGAUUCCGAUGCUGGCCUCUCUAAACUAGCCUUCCUAGUCAGCCCAGUGCCUUUCCGGAGGAAAAAAAACACACUCCCCAAAAAGCAGGCUGAAAAGACUAAAUGCAAAUCAUCUGUCUUUGACGCCCUGGACUCCGCUCUUAAAGAUAUAUGUGACCAAAUCAAAGCAGAGAAAAGAAGGGGAAGCUUGCCUGACAAUAGUAUAUUGCACAGACUUAUUUCUGAAUUGCUUCCAGACAUUCCUGAAAGGAAUUCCUCCCUUAAAGUUUUUAGAAAAAGUCCCAUACGCCAGCCUUUGCAUCCACUGCCUCAUGAUGGUGCUAUUCACUGUCCGUUGUACCAGAAUGAAUGCAGAAGUUUGCCUCUCAGUGCCUCUUAUCAAGACAUGGAUGCUACCAACAGCAGCAGCCAGGAAUAUGAUAAUGCACUGUUUCUCCAAGGUGGAUUACUUCCUUUUCUUUAUGCUUGUCCUCCUAAAAAGCUUUUGGAUUAUGUUCAAGACAAUCCUCCAGGUCUUUCCAAAGAGGGAGACAAAGUCAUUCUUCUUAGACGGGUUGAUCAAAACUGGUAUGAAGGCAAGCUACCAGGAACAAAUAAGCAAGGAAUCUUCCCAGUAUCCUAUGUAGAAGUCAAAAAGAGCAUGGCCAGAGGAGAAAAUGAAUAUCCUGUUCCUCCAAUACCCCAGAGUUACUCAAGUGACAAAAUCCACCAUUCAGCUAAGCCACAGCGCCCUGUGUUUGCUCAUGACAGUGGGGGGGAACCGUUUCAGGUUCUGUAUAACUAUACUCCUAGGAACGAAGAUGAAUUGGAGCUGAGAGAGGGAGAUGUCAUUGAUGUGAUGGAAAAAUGUGAUGAUGGAUGGUUUGUGGGAACCUCCAGAAGAACAAAAUAUUUUGGUACUUUCCCUGGAAACUAUGUCAAGAGGCUGUGAAAUGAUUAUUUGAUUUUGUUCCUUUCUUAUUUAUGCUGCAUCUCUGCCACACAUCUGCAUAAAAAGUGCUAGAAAACAUCCUCCACCAGCCUUCAGUUUUCCUGCUUUGCAAAUCCAGGUAGAAAUCAUGCCGCUCAUCUUCACCAUCUUCAUCCCAUCUGCCAGCCAGCAGUAUUAUUCAGCAGCUAAAAUGGAAUCCCUGAGCUUUUGUGAAACAAGAGGAAUUAGUUCUAUGCGAAAUACAUCUUUUUACGCCUUUAAUUUUUAUCUGGCAAUGCCAAUUUGGAAAGCGCAUAUAAAAAGCUUAGUGGAAGAAAUAGCAUGGCACUUCAAAAUGUUACCAGUUAUUUGGGAGAAAUUGCAAUAGUAUGAAAAAAAUUAUUAUCACCUAAUAUAUAGAACAGAUUGCAAUUUACUACAUUUUAAAGGGUUUCCUUUUUUUUUUUUGAGUUAUCACGUUUGUAGCUCAGCAAAUGUAUGUUGCUGUCAGUUUGCUGUGUCACAAGUUUGCCUCUUCUUUUACCCAGAUACAAUUAGUACUAAAAAUAGGGUUUUUUUUCCAAAUGUAUAUUGCAAUAUCUGCAAAAUGCCUGUAAAAAUUUAAGCAGAAAUAAUCAAAAGGAGUAUUCAUAAGCCAUGAUUUCCAGUUGUAUCUCAUAAGACAUUUUAUUAGAAUUGGCCCAGUGAGGAUCAUACAUUGGUUAAAAUACUCUUUAGACAUCUUACAAAACAGUAAGAGCUUUAGACAUGAAUUUAGUAAGUACAGAAGCAUGAGUUAGAUUUCCUGCACCUGCAUGUAUUAAUACAUAAAGUACAAAAACUUGCAUCUCUUUGUAGGAAGAAUCAGAAGCUCCCAACACAGUGAUGUCUCAAUAGGGAAAUGUGUCAUAUACUAUUGAUAUAUGCAAAUACAGGAAACUUGAGUUGGAUGUACUUUCUAUGUUCAUGUAAUUAAUGUCUUAAAUUAAGUGGAAAGAUGUGUGUGCAUGUCUCUACAGGAUGAAAUGGAUGAUUCUGGUGUAUUUACAACAUCCAUAUCUCUUUAGAGGAAAAGAGGGAGCACUAUCAUAUGUGUAAGUACAGCCUGUAUCCUGUACUUACACCUAUUUUUAACCGCUGGAACUCAUAGAAAGGAAAUUAUGUCUGCUAUUCGACAUUAGGAAAGUUCAGAAAUACUGGAAAAUCAUGAAUCAUUAUGAAGAAAACUAACAAUGAAUAAAUUGCUUUAUUAAAAAAAUGUGUUGGAAGUGCAAUAGAGUAUGUAAAGUCUAAUUCAUUUAUUACAUGAAAACUCAGUAAUGAAAGAGCAAUGUUUAUAUUCUGUUUGAUUGUAGCACAGUCACAGUAGAGUUGGGAAAAUCUACACAAAGUAUUAUAUGAUGCUAUUUUUUUGGCUAGUUGACCGGAACUGUAUUUUCUUUCUAGAAACAUAGCAUUAAAACAAGGACGCAAAAAGGAAAAUUAGUACAUGUGGAUGGAGUUUCAUUUUUGAAACAGUAUAAAAUAUUGAAGGCAAUAUUUGUGUGUGUGUGUGCAAAUAUAGACAGCAGUAGCAGGUGAUAAAAACACAGGACUUAACAUAUCUAUGAUGUUAUGUAAAGCAGUCAAACUUUGGUUUUGCUGGCACCUUACAAAAGGCAAAACAGAAAAUCUUUUACUGCGUUUCUAUUGUGGUAAAGGACAGAUCUUAUAAUUUGUAGGCUUGUAGCAUUUUGUACAUAUAUUUCCUUUUUUUGUACAGAGCCAUUUUAUUGUUGAUUUUUUUAGGGAAAAAAAUCAUGUUAACCUUUUUGACCAAUAAAAUCACCUCCUUAUUUCAUUAGUUUCUCCUCCAAAGUAUAAGCACACUCGGAUAGUGCAUUUCUGCUAAAUUAGCAACUGAAGCAAAAGUUUUAUGAAUAAUAUUAUGGUUUACCAGCCAAAUUUUUAAAGUGUAUAUAUAUGUUUAAUAUGGAGAAAUAUCAAUAGGAUGGCAAAAGAAACAUCUUUGUGCUGCGUACCUUUAUUACUGCAAAUUUCAUGGCAAAAGCUUGAUACUUCCAAGGCUUUUUACUAUAAACUAAAUGUGCAUGCAGCUUUGCUGUGAAAUCAGUAAUGAUUUUGAUGCCAUUUAUGAUGGGAGACUUGUCUAUCACCGGUGGUAUUUUAAAAAAUGCACUGUUUCUAUUCUGUAUCUGAUUUUAAUAGAAGAUGUUUUUCAUACCUGUUUUCAGGUAAUUGACUCUGAAUUCUUACUUGCAAAGGAUCUCUGUGUUUCUUUUUCCUUGAAGAAACUUCUAAUAAAAAUGGCUUGAAGUACA